AUGUCUGAGCGAGGCGCUUUUCGCGGCCGAGGCGGUGGCAGAGGAGGCGACCGCGGUCCAAGGGGCGGCGGUCGUGGAGGAGGUGGAGGCGGCGGCGGAGGAGCACACGCUGGCGGCCAGACAGAGCGCCCCAAGAAGGAAAACAUCCUCGACCUGAGCAAGUACAUGGACAAGCAGAUUACCGUCAAAUUCAGCGGCGGGCGAGAAGUCAUUGGCACAUUAAAAGGCUACGACCAGCUCAUGAACCUUGUCCUCGACGAGGUCAAAGAGGCUCUUACAGACGAGCAUGGCAACAUCCGAUACCGCAAACUUGGCCUCAUCGUCGCACGCGGCACCCUGCUCGUCGUCAUCUCUCCCGUAGACGGAAGCGAAGAAAUCGCCAACCCCUUCCUGCAGGAAGAAGAGUGAUUGCCCGCCAUGACUAGCGGCGAGGAUAGUAGCGUCACCUGUACGCUGUGAGCAGCAAACAGAGAGCAGACAGUGGCGUAGAUCAAGCCAACGGCGUCGACCAGGGGCUUUGAAGAAAAGAAAAAGGGGCUGGGAACCCAACACGAUACCCAUGAGGGACAUGCGCGACGAACCCGAGGAUAGGAUGCAGCUUCCAAGCUGUGCAUCGACGACAAGUUAGACGGUGACAUGGCCACAACGGGCAUGCUUGCCCGUUUCAUCCCUACCAUUGAACAUUGCGAAUCAAAAAAAUCACCGAUACUCCACUUUCUAGUGAUGAGGGCUU